AGAAAAAUCCAGAAAUCACAAUGUAUGAAUUUUUCAAUGAUAUAUUUGUGUGAUACAGCUGCAAAUAAGUAUUUGAACACCUGAGAAAACCAAUGUUAAUAUUUGGUACAGUAGCCUUUGUUUGCAAAUUACAGAGGUCAAACGUUUCCGGUAGUUGUUCACCAGAUUUGCACACACUGCAGAAGAGAUUUUGGCCCACUCCUCCACAGAGAUCUUUAGAUCAGACAGGUUUCUGGGCUGUUGCUGAGAAAUACAGGUUUUCAGCUCCCUCCAAAGAUUUCCUCUUGGGUUUAGGUCUAGACACUGGCUAGGCCACGCCAGAACCUUGAUACGCUUCUUACGGAGGCACUCCUUGGUUUUCCUGGCUGUGUGCUCCGGGUCAUUGUCAAGUUGAAACACCCAGCCAACGACCCAUCUUCAAUCCUCUGACAGAGGGAAAGAGGUUGUUCCCCACAAUCUCACAAUACAUGGCCACGGUCAUCCUUUCCUUAAUACAGUGCAGUCGUCCUGUCCCAUGUACAGAAAAACACCCCCAAAGCAUGCUUCACAGAAGGGAUGGGGUUCUUGGGAUGGAACUCAUCAUUCAUCUUCCUCCAUACACUGUUCGUGGAAUUAUGACCAAAAAGUUCCAUUUUGGUCCCAUCUGACCACAAAACUUUCUCCCAUGACUCCUCUGUAUCAUCCAAAUGGUCAUUGGCUAACUUAAUACAGGCCUUGACACGUGCUGAUUUAAGCAGGGGAACCUUCCCUGCCUUGCAUGAUUUCAAACCAUGACAUCUUAGUGUAUUAACAACAGCCACCUUGGAGUCGUUGGUCCCAGCUCUUUUCACUUCAUUGACCAAGUCCUGUCGUGUAGUCCUGGGCUGAUUCCUCACCUUUCUAAGGAUUAUUGAGACCCCACGAGGUGAUAUAUUGCAUGGGGCUCCACUACGAUUAAGAUUGACCAUCAUGUUUAGCUUCUUCCAUUUUCUAAUGAUUCCUCCAACAGUGGACCUUUUUUCACCAACCUGCUUGGCAAUUUCUCCGUAGCCCUUUCCAGCCGUGGGGAGUUGUACAAUUUUGUCUCUGUCCUUGAACAGCUCUUUGGUCUUGGCCAUGUUACAAGUUCGAGCUUUAGUAAUUGUAUGGGGUGGACAUGUCUUUAUGCAGCUAACGACCUCACAAAGGUGCAUCUGAUUCAGGAUAAUACAUGGAGUGGAGGUGGACUUUUAAAGGUGGACUAACAGGUCUUUGAGGGUCAUAAUUCUAGCUGGGAGACAGGUGUUCAAAUACUUAUUUGCAGCUGUAUCACACAAAUCGAUAAAAAAAUAAUAAAUUGUGAUUUCUGGAUUUUUCUUUUUAGAUUCUCUCUCACAGUAGACAUACACCGACGAUGAAAAUUUCACCCCCCCUAUGUUUUUUAAAUGUGAAAACUUGCAAUACAGCAGGGUGUUCAAAUACUCAUUUUCUUCACUGUAGAAGCACGCAUGUGGAUUAUAUUUUGUGCAGACGGCAUAAUCUGAAAGUUACCGACUGUAACGUUGUGGUGGGGGAGAGUGUAGCUCGACAGCAUAGGAUGGUGGUGUGUAGGAUCGGAAGGUGUCUGGUCUUCUAAGUGACACAAGAGUAUCCGCCAGGAUGAAGGACAAAGUUUAUCAAACAGUGGUGAGGCUGGCCAUGAUGUACGGAAUAGAGACGGUGGAUCUGAAGAAACAACAGGAAGCAGAACUUGAGUGGACAUGCACCUACGAUGAAAAUUUCAGACCUCUCCAUGAUUUCUCAGUGGGAGAACUUGCAAUAUAGCAGUGUGUUCAAAUACUCAUUUUCUUCACUGUAUCUAAGGCGGCACGGUGGACUAACAUCUCUCUUCAGGUUGAAUUAUCAAUACACAUCACCCAUGGUACAAGUGGAUGAAAAAGGGGAGAAAGUGCGCCCCAACCACAAAAGGUGUAUUAUCAUCCUACGAGAGGUCCCAGAGACCACACCUGUUGAGGAAGUGGAGUCACUAUUCAAAAAUGGCAACUGUCCAAAGGUGUUAAGUGUUGAGUUUGCACACAAUAACAACUGGUACAUCACUUUCCAUUCGGAUACAGAUGCUCAGCAGGCUUAUGAGUACUUGCGAGAAGAAGUAAAAACAUUUCAGGGAAAGCCUAUAAUGGCCAGGAUAAAAGCCAUCAACACAUUCUUUGGAAAGAACGGCUACCGUAGCAUGGACAGCAGCCUUUACUCCCAGCAGACCCAGAACCAUUCCCACUACACCUCCCCUCUCUACAUGCAGCAUCUCUACCCCCAGCAGCAGUAUCCCAUCUACGGCAUUGUUCCCCCCACAUGGACCCAUUCACCCGCUCCCUACUUUGAAACUCCCUUGCUUGCUUUUCUGCGGAAUGUUGGUGUCGUAUUUUCCAUAAACAGAUCGAAAAUGCCGCAACACAUUUCACUUCACUGGCAGGCACCUUUUCCCAACAGUAGCUUUAUGAACGGAUAUGGAUCUGAGCACUACAAACCUGGAUCUGGUUCUCUUCCAAUCACCCGUCCUUUCAACAGAAAUCGUGUCCCACUCUAUUCAAGAAAGAAUGUGAUAAAUGCCUUCAGAAAUCACGUGAAGCCCCCCAUGAGGGUGAACGAGAUAACUUCAACAUCCAUUGCCUCUGUCCCCCUGGAGAGUCUGAUGGGACUGCGGAGCCCACAUCCACAUGACCCCGUUAACACGAUGCAGGCUGCGUCUGACCUGAGCACCAUGUUCUCACAUCUGUCUUCAUCGUCAUCCUCUUUGGAUCCGAACGAUGACAGUAGCAUGGCUGGACGACGGAGCACAGUUUAUAGAGGAACACGAAGAAGGCGAGAAGACGAACGGUUUAUGAGUCCUGGACCGCUGACUGAGAUAAAGGUUUCCCCUCCCAAAUUUGACUUGGCUGCAACCAAUUUCCCUCCUCUUCCUGGCUGUCUGAGUAGUAUUCAAGGAGAGUCAGUGCUGGAAAACCGAAUGUCAGAUGUUGUUCGUGGCUUGUACAAGGACAAGAUGGAAGCUGUCGUCACAGAAGAUGGUUUACCAUGCUCAAGUCUAACCCAGAUUGGUAUAAAGUCUGUCACACAACCACUUGCACCACUGGCCCCAGGGAGUCUGGAGAAGAAGGUCGAGCAGACAGAGCUGGUCAUUUCAAAAUCGAUUGCCAGCAUGCUUGCUGAAACUGCUGUCAUCCCCACCUACUCCACCCAGGCUAUGCAUAGCUGGAAGCCUUCAGCGCUCCCUGCGCCCUCCUCCCCAGUCACGCCCAGCACACAGCCGGCUCUUCCUGCUCCUGUUCCUGCACAGGAGCCCCGCAAACUCAGCUAUGCUGAGGUGUGCCAAAGGCCUCCCAAGGACCCCCCACCUGUGGCCACCAUCCCAGCCCCAUGCAAUGUGCGAGCUGGCCAACCUUUGCGUGAGUUGCGCGUGAACAAGUCGGAGGAGCCCAGCUCCAAGUGCUUCCCUGGAGACAAGCCGGAGCGAGGCCAUGACAGAGAGGCGGCGGUGGAGUGUACUGACAGCUGGCCCACACGUGACCGUGACUCCAAGAGCAGCUGCUACCACAACAACGGGCCCCGAGGCAUUACCACAAGCCUCAAGUUCAGAGAGCAGAGGCGGCUUCCAAUUGCCCGAUGGCACUCUCCACAGGGAUCAUACAGGCAUGCUGGCAAAGAGCAGAAUAUCCCACCGGUAUUGCCAAAGUAAAGAAAAUCAAAACUAUGAAUUGAAAAAAAAUGUAUGAAACUCUACAUGGGUAUGUCUAAUUAUAUAAAAAAAAAAUGAUGAUGACAUGAAAGCAACAAUAUUAUGGUAGCUAUUUUCCCCUUGGAACUUGUCCAUAUGGUGGAAUAUCCAGGACUUGUGAGCUGAAUGACUGCUGAUGACUUGAAACGAGUGAUAUGGGAAGGCUUUUAUUGGCAUUGUACUGAAAAGAUUUAACUUUCCAUGGAGGUCGUCUAUUUUGUGCUUGCCUUGGGAGAGGUAGGAUGCUGGUGCCCUGUAUGUGGUCCUCUACCACCUUUUAAUUUAAAAACCAAUAUGCACUCAAGAAGAGAACAUGCAUAAGUCAUGUACAUAUACGAAGAUUUCACUCACAAAAAAUGAGUUGUGCUUUAGUUUGCAAGUAUGACUGAAGGGGUUAACUGUUUCUGCAUUGAUUGUUGAAGCAAAAUGAUUUGUUUGAGACAUAGUCCUUAUACUCGUAGCUGUGGUCAAUGAUAUGGUUGCCUAAUUUAAUGUGGUUGUCUGAUCCCAUUUCACAUUUGGUUUGAAAGUUGCGGCAAUCAAAAUUCAAGGUUGUAUAGAAUUUUUCAUUUAUUUAUUUAUUUAUUUAUUUAUUUUUGCUCUGCUCACAAUUUCCAUGUUGCUUUUGAUCUCAAACCUUUCAAAUGUUUUGGAUUCAGAACAUUGAUCAAGAUCUCUGUUUACAUGUUUGUGUACCUGUAUCAAGAAUGAUACAAAACUGUUCACACUCACAGGAUGUUGAAACUGCACCUUAAGUGGUGGCACGGCAUUGAAGUCUGCAGCGUACAAAAUUGUCAUUAUCAGAUACCUGAGAUUGUGCCACGCGAGCAUAUAGUCUGUUAAACGUUGUAUCGAUACAGCAAGAGUGGAUUUGUGAAAAGUCCAUAAAAGUAUAGUUGGCUGCACUCUUAGUUCUUAAAACCCUCAUUUAUGUGUGUGGGAGAGUUCAAUAAAUAGUAUGGAGCCUUCUGACAGAAGGGGCCCACCUGAUCGUGCUUUUUAGGGUAUUUUUUUUUGUGGGGGGGUUAACAGAUUGUUGAACUUUGAAGUCACUGUAUUGCUUUUUAAAUAUUUGUAAUUUUGUUGCAAUUCGAUUGACAAAACCAAAUGGAAUCAUGCUGUGUGAUGAACCAUUCAACAUGCCGCCAAGAAAUACAGUAUUUUAUGCUUUUGUGCAGUAAAUGAGGAAGCAAUCACUGGAUCUGAUAUUUGGUUGUCACCAAUGAUUUGAAUCAAAAGAUGCACUAAUGCUGGUGGAAAAUGUGAAAUUUUUUUUCAAACAUUUGCUUGACAGGCAUAGAUGACCGCCACCGUCCUUUUCAUUUUCUGCUCAAUUUGUUUUGGAUUUUGGGAUUGUAAAAGGAAAUAUAAACUAGUGUUUGAGAUGCAAUCCUAGAACUGUAAUCAUUGUCACCAAAUAAAUUAUUUAGAUUUG